AUGGCAAAAACGUUUCAAUCGCUCUCUGAUUUGUUUGUUUUCUUCAUUCAUAAAAGUGAGUGCAACGUCGGUAUCUUCUCGAAAAGGCUUCUCGAAAAGGCUCUCUUUCCAGCAAAACGAAUCUUUCACCAAUCGAUAGAAUUACCACUUGAAAUUUUGUCGGCUUUUCAAACAGCCUUUCACUCACUGAAGAGGAGCUACUUUUUGGCUGACGAUAUGGGCAACUGUAAUAGUGAGCAUGCUGAUUCGAAUAAAAGGAAUCAGAAAAUCAACGCCAUCAUCGAGAAAGAUCGCCGAACGGACGAGCUCGUCAUAAAACUUUUGUUAUUAGGCGCGGGCGAGAGUGGGAAGAGCACAGUGCUGAAGCAAAUGAAAAUUAUCCACGACAACGGUUUCUCCCCCGAAGAGGCUCGACAAAAAAGAACGGUCGUCCAUUCGAAUGUCAUACAGUCAAUGGGCGCCUUGAUCAACGGACUCCAAAUUGUAAAAGUGCCAUUGGCGAAUUCUGGAAAUACGGAACACGCGAGUCGAAUAAUCCAAUGUUUGGAGCGAAAAGAGGAAACGAACGGGAUGACGAAAGAGCUCUACGACUCGGUCUAUGCACUGUGGAAUGAUAAGGGAAUCAAAGCUGCUUUCGAGCGAAAGGACGAGUUUUACCUUCACGACUCGGCUGCCUACUUCUUGGACUCUUUGGAAAGAAUCUACCCGGAUUCAUAUGUGCCGACAGAACAAGACAUUCUUCACACAAGAGUCGCCACGAUGGGCGUCAUUGAAGUGAUGUUCAGGAUGAAAAAUAAGACAUGGAGGGUUUUCGACGUCGGCGGGCAACGGUCACAGCGUAAAAAGUGGAUUCACUGUUUCGAUGACGCAAAAGCGAUCAUUUAUGUGGCCUCUCUGUCAGAAUACGAUCAAGUAUUGGUGGAGGACAAUGUGACGAACCGAAUGCAAGAGUCGAUUCAUCUCUUUAAACAGGUCAUCAACAGUAAAUUCUUCACGAGCACUUCGGUGAUUCUAUUCUUGAAUAAAAAAGAUUUAUUUGCUCAAAAGAUCGGACACGGACGAUCGUUGACGAUAACGUUUCCCGAUUACAAAGGUUCCGAAAGCUACGAGCCCGCGUCACAUUACAUCGAAAAGCGAUAUCUAUCGGUGAACGAGAAUCCGAACAAGAACAUCUACUGCCAUCACACUUGUGCCACCGAUACGGAACAGGUGCAAUUCGUGCUCGACUCGGUGCUCGACACGAUUCUCUCAUCGAAAUUGAAGGGAUGUGGAUUGUAU